AGAGUGCGCCGCCACCAUUGUUUAAAUAAUCGUAAAUAAUGAAGUUUAUUCUAGUUUUGUUCGCCGUCGUAGGUUUUAUAUAUGCAGAACAAUAUACAGAUAGAUAUGACAAUAUAAAUGUAAAUGAAAUUUUACAAAAUAAACGUUUGGUUGUUUCGUAUGUUAAAUGUCUGUUGGAGCAAGGCAGGUGUACGCCUGAGGGAAACGCGCUAAAGGAGCACGUCAAAGAUGGUAUGCAGACAGGAUGCACAAAAUGUACAGACAAUCAGAGGAGAGGUGCAAGGAAGGUCGUGCGAUAUCUUCGCGAGAACUAUGACAAUUAUUUCCAAGACAUCGUAAAGAAAUACGACCCUAAAAAUGAAUAUAAACAAAUUUACGAACCAUUUUUGGCCUCUGAUGAUUAGUGAAUAAAUACUAGCAUAAUUAAAUAUGUAAUAACAACGAAUAAGCAAUCACAAUUACAUUAUUCUGAAAAACAAGUGAGGUUUUAAUCAGCGUCAAUUUUAAGUCGGGUAAACUUAAGUUGUGUAAAUAAGACUACUACCAAAAUUGAAGCAUUGACUUACUUAAGCUCAAUAGCUUAAGUAAGUCCUUUUAAGAAAUUUCGGCAAUCCGAAAUUUCUUAAAAGGAGUAUUGUGUGUUUGGCAUAUCACCUGCAUCAUAACAACACCCCACACAACCAUACAUAGGCUUACUUUCACUCCAUCACACACAGCUGUAUUAGUUAUUACUUAGUUGAAUGUAUUUAAUAUUU